ACAUAAUAACAAACCGCUGUAGCAUUGCUAGCGCUAGUUGCUGUCACUGAAUCUGUGAGUGUAGCUGUCUGUGGAAGCUCGUAGCUUAACAACAAACCACUGUGUUUGUAUGAAAUAGAGGUAUAAUACGUAUUGUUCGUUAGUGCUUGCUGAAAUCUGAAAAGAAGUAUGCCUCAGUGUAGGACAUCAGCAUCUACACGACAGUCCAAUAACAGUGCUCAUGCGCGCCGUUACCGGACACGUGCCCUCACUUCCCAAGUGGACGAAACUCUUUUUGGAACAGUCAAACAGUCUGCAUGUGAAGAUAAGAACCUUGCUAAAGGUGGCUCUGCUCCUCCCACCAAGGCACAAAACAAUCCUCAGACAAUCCGUAUCAUCACCAAGGACCUCAUCAGGGAUAUCAGAAUUCCCCACGAGGACCCAUCUGGACACUCUGUUAUCCUCAGCCCAUCUGAAAUUAAACGCAUCAUGGGUAAGUCGCGUGUACUCACGAAAGAGGAGAGGGAAGCGGCACUGGAGACCCAGCGCAAAGCUCGGGAAGAGGCCAUGGACGCUGCUGAGGAAAGGAAGGUGCUCAUGCGGCAAGCAGAUUUGUCCCGUCAGAAGAACCAAGGCCUUAGCGAGCUGGAGGCCGAGGCUAGGGAGCGUGCUCAGUAUUUACUGGAGAAGGCGUACACCCUGAGAAUGGAGCAAGAAGAAGAAAUCAAAAAGCUUAACGAGCUGAUUCUGGGUGCGCAGUGCCAUGCGGUGAGGGACGCGCAGAUUCAGGAGAAGAAGCAGAUUCUGUCCGAGUUGCAGGAAGAGGAGCGUAGGCUGGAUGCCAUGAUGGAGGUGGACCGUCGGCGGGCCCUUGAGGUUCAGGAACAGAUUGACGAGCUGCGCAAAAAUCACAGGAUUCAGGGGAAGAUGUGCAUCAUGAAACAGAUUGAGGAGCGUCAGGAGGAGAACAUGCUGCAGGAUGAGCUGAAGGAACAGUCAAAGCAGCAGUUGCUGGAGAGCCUGGAAAGGAUGCAGGUGGAGGAGUUGGAGGCUAUGGAGAAGAAGAAAGCAGAUCAAAAAAGGCUUCAGCUGGAAAUUAUGAGAAUCAACGAGGAGAACUUGCUCGCCAAGGAGCGCAGGAAAGAAGAGGAGAAGCUGGCUGACCUUCAUGCUAUGGAAUUUACACGCUCGAAACUGGAGCGAGAGGCAGAGUAUGAGGCUGAACAGAUCAGAAUAAAGAAGGUGAAGGAGAAAGAAGUGGCACAAAUGAGGGCUCUUCAGGAACGAGACAGAGACCGGAAAGCCGAACAGGAUGCUCUCAGGGAUCGUAGGAACCUGGAAGCUGCUGAACGGGAAUGGAGACGGAAAGAGAAAGAGCAGACCAAGAAAAUGCUGGAGCAGGAAGAGAGACUGAAGGCGUCCCGUCUUCAGCAGAUCACCCAUAAAGAGCGCAUGCUGUCUAUACAAGCUGGACGAGAGAGGGCCGAGUUUGAGCGGCUCCUGAGGGUCCAGCAGGAGCUCAUCAAACGGGAGAAGGAGAAGGAGGAACGGCAUCAGCAGCAGGUCCUGCAACACGCUGACGGGGUCCGGGAGCAGGUUCGGGAGCGGGAGGCUCAGGCAGUUGCCAGGAGGAGAGAGAAGUUCCGUGAAGGAGAGAAGCUGGAUGAAGAAGCGCGUGUCCGCCGAGCACGUCUGGACGAGAUUAAAGAGAAGAAGCUAAAGGAGUUGAAGGCGGCUGGACUUCCAGAGAAAUACUGCAGUGAAGUAGAGCGGAAGAUUAAAAUCUUACCCACCCUGGUGCGUUGAAGAAGAAUGUACUACGGAUCCGCAUUAAAAAAAUAAAACGACGAUAUCUUUUACUAUGUAAUUUAUAACAAAAUAAUCCAAUAAAAACGGUUCUCAGA